AUGACUCUCCGUGGAAAGGGCUUGGUUGCGACUCUAAGGGACAAUGGUGAGGUUAAACAGCUUAAGAAAUCCAGUCGUCGCACUCUCAAUGCGAGUAGGGAGAGGAUAGACCCGGAUUCAGAGCCAGAGUCGCCUACACCUGUCGAAGCAUCUCCCACACCUUCAAGCCCAAGCUCGAGUUCUUAUGAGUCGCAGUUCGAUGUCGAGAUGGACGAAGCUUUUGCUUCGAUUACUCAGGAAAUUCCAGUUACGUUCGGACUCACCAGUGACCAGCUUUGCUUCCCUACUGAAAGUGAGUGGAAAUUACCGAGUCCCUUCAGGAAUCCUGCAACGGCGUGGAAUGUGAUGUGGUUUCAGGAUCCCCUUGGACCCAGUGUUUUCGAUCUGGAUUCUCAGCUGGAGAUACUCGAGACUGCGGCGUGGAACUUGAUUUUGAAGGACAUUUGA